AUGAGGCAGCACAUGGCGAGAUACUUGGCGGAGCAACGGAGCUUGAUGCGACGGGGAUAUUAUGCCUCGUUGUCCCGGAGCCAGCGACGAGCGGAUCGGCUCUCGCAGGAUGGCGAAGGACAACGGAGGGAGGCGUCCCCUGAGCUGCAGCUCCUUGCGUCCCCACUGAUCCCAUCGGAAGGGUCAGUGGGAGCCACAGUGUCGCCGAUGGUGUCUUCUGGGGCCAGCGAAGCCGACAGCGACGUGGUAGUGACAAGCUGGGAGCCCGCCCCCAAGAAGGCGCGACCAGUGGCGAGGCGGCCAGCGAAGCGUCCAGCGAAGCGGCUCUCAGCAGAAGCGGAGGAGCGACCGACGGUGGGGCGGCCACCGGCAGACGCCGAGGAGCGGGAGGCCGAGGAGAAGCGGGUCGCGGAGUGGCGGCGGCGGAUCGCGCUGGAAGCAGCAAAGGAGGCGCUGCGACAGCGGCGGGUCUGGGAGGACGCGCGGGCGCUGGCAAAGAGGCUGAAGGCCACGCAGGAGGCGGAGCAGGCGGCCGAGGAGGCCAAGGAAAAGGCCCGGCAGGAGGCGGAGGAGCACCACCGGAAGUGUGUGCUGAAAAAGGUGGCGGCCGAACUGCGAGAGAGCGAGCGGCGGAGGGCAGAGGAGAAGAGCCGCGAGGAAGAGGCAAGGCGGUGCACAGAGGAGGAGGAGGGUCGGUGGCAGUCGUCCCCUCCGACGCCGGGACCCGAGAGCCGAGGCCCGGCCACGGCAGAAGAAGAGUGGCAGGAGCGACUACGUCGGGCGGAAGAGGAGGAGGAGGGCCUGUGGCAGCCUUCCCCUACAACGCCGGAGCCCGAAGACCGUGGCCAGGCUGAGCCGGAGGAGGAGGAGGAGCUGUGGCAGCGACGACCGCGGACCGAGGAGGAGGCGGGGUUUCCCGAAGGAGGACGGGGGCCCCAAGCCUCGUCCCAGCAACAGCGGCCGGGAGCGGAUGCCUCGUGGCAGCAGCAGCAACACCAGUGGCAGGGACCACAAGGCGCGGUGAUCGGGCCGUACGUAACGCAGGAGGUGCGGACGGCGGUGCGGGGAGGAAUGGUGUGGCACCACCAAAUCCUCCACAUCACCUGGGCAUCGGGGCCGGCACCUAGGGAGCCGGAGGCUCCGGAAGAAGCGCGGGUGUGGGAGGAGACGCCAGCCCGACGGAGCAAUGGCCGCGACCCAAGGGGGCGGUCGGCGGCAGCGGAGCCAACAGCGGAACCGGCAGCGGCGAGCGCGACGACAGAGUCGGCGGCGGCAGCGGAGCCCACUGUGGAACCAGGAACGCCGGGCGCGGCGGCUAAGUCGGCGGCGGCAGCGGAGCCAGCAGUGGAACCAGCAACGCAAAACGCGGCGGCGAAGUCGGCGGCGGCAGCGGAGCCCACGGGGGAACCGAAGGAGGCCACGGCGGCAGCAGAGCCAGCAGCGGAACCAGCAGCGCCAAACGCGACGGCAAAGUCGGCAGCGGCAGCGGAGCCCACGAUGGAACCAGCAGAGGCGACGGCGGCGGCAGAGGCAGCGGAGCCAGCAACGGCGAGCGCAGCGGCAGAGGCGAUGGCGGCAGCGGAGCCAGCGACGGCAAGCGCAGAGACGACGGCAGCGAAGGCGGCAGCGGAGCCAGCCGCGAGCACGGCGGGAGUUUGCUCACCUGAGCCAUGGGAGCGGGGUCCGUGGCAGUGGCCCGCGCCGGAAGCCAGGCGCGCCAAUCCAAGGCCGGAGCGGCAGGUGUCGUGUCCGGAGGAGCGGGAGAGACCGCGGGCGCCCAUGCAGCGCCAGGCGUCGUGGCCGCAGGCACAGCGAGGGGCGGAGGGCCCGUGA